AUGGCUUCAUCUUCUGGGAACUCCAUCCUCCUAACUUUCCUGCUGGCUCUCGCAAUAUUCUCCAGCAUGAUGAGUUCAAGUGUCGUAGCAGCUCGUCAUCUUCUGCAAACAACACAGCCUUCGAUACCAAACAUGCCUGGAAUUCCAAGUAACUUGCCUAAACCUACAGGAUUACCACCUUUCCCUUCAAUCCCAACAACAAUGCCUCAGCCAAAUAUCCCUAAUCUGCCUACGAUUCCAACAGUGCCACGAGUCACUCUUCCUCCAUUUCCUAAUAUUCCUGUUAUUCCCGCGAUCCCAACUUCUAUUCCUUCUAUCUUCUCUCCUCCUCCUUCUAAUUAA